AUGGAUGAGAACAACCAACCACAAAGCAGUGCGUUACUAAAUGGAGAACAGCAAACCACUGUGUAUACGAGCGAUCCAACAACAAAUCAAAGUAAUGCGUUCUUCCAAAAGCUAAAGAAUGGUGCAUACAGAAGAAAUUUCUUUCACAGUCUGGCCUUAUGUUUUGCCUUCUGUGCAUUUGGAUUUCAAAUUGGUCAACGUGGACCAGCAUUUCUAGAUCUCCAACAGAUCACUAAUACAGACAUGAAAAAAGCAUCUACGUUUUUCACAGCAAUAUCUGUUGGUAAUUUGUGUGGUUCCUUGUUCAUCGGUUUCAUCAAUAAUCGAGUGAAUAAAGUUCUUCUGUUAUUUGUAUCUACAUUGCUUUUAUCUGUUACGGUGUCUGUUAUACCUUUAUGUUCAGAAUAUGUCGCCAUGUUGGCUAUUUUAUGGACAAAUGCUUUUUUUAUGGGAUGGCUGAACGCAGGAGGAAAUGCCUAUCUAUUAUCACUAUGGGGAGCAACAGAAGGCAGAUCUUUUAUGCAGGCAUUGCAUUCAAUAUUUGCCUUUGGAGCUGUUAUAUCUCCAUUGUGUACAGCUCCAUUCCUGGCACAAAGACGUGAAAAUAAUUCCACCGUCCAUAAUGCAACCAGCUUGUUUGAAAAUCAAGGGAUAUUCUAUGAAGUAUCUAACAUGUCUGUCCACCAUUCAUCCUUGAAUGUUGACACUACUGAGGAACAACCUAGUGAAUCCAGAUUGAUUUAUGCUUUCGUUAUAGCUGGCGUGUUUCAGAUGUUGACGACAAUACCAUUACUGAUUAUGUACAUAAAAAGAACAUCACAAACACUCCAAAAUUCCACUGAAAAUGAAGAAUCAAAGUCGAUGAAGACUCUUCCAUUGCUCACUUACAUUUUUACAGUGCUAUUUAUAGAUUGCUUGUUCAUGUGUUACUGUGCUAUGGAGGAUACCUUCGCUUCAUAUCUAUCCACAUUCACUGUGCUGCAUCUCAAAUGGACUAAAGCUGAAGGCAGUCAAGUUACGUCAGUGUUUUGGGCAUCUUUUUCUGCAGCUCGGUUUUUAGGGAUUGUAGCCAUUAGAUAUAUCAAACCGGGGAUCAUGCUGUUUGGAUGCGUCAUUUCCAUCACCUUGAACUUCGUCUCUUUCUUAUUGUGUUCGUAUUAUCAUAUCCCGGACGGUGUUUGGGUUUUUGCCGUUUUUGUAGGUUUGUCCAUGUCCGUGGUAUUUCCAACUGGGUUUUCAUGGAUUCAAGAAAAUAUUCUGAUUAUAAAUGGACGUGUUGCAUCUUCCAUUUUAGUUGCAGCGUCAAUAGGUACAAUGUUAAAUCCUCUUUUGAAUGGUUACCUGAUGCAGCAGGUUAGUCCAAUGUGGUAUUGUUAUAUAUUACUCACAGAAAGUGGUUGUUUAGUUCUCUUUUCAUCACUAUUUAUACUUUAUUCAAAGGUAAUUUUACCAAAACGAAGAGUAAACACUACUGCCGCUUACAUUAUCGAUGAUUGA